AUGACUGGCAGUGAGAGUGAUCUCAGGGAUGAAGAUCUUCAGAAACAAGAUUGUAAAGAGAAAGCUUCAAAUAUUGAUGCAAUGGGUUAUUCCUGGGUUUCUGAGCAACCUCCAGCUUGCCAAGAAGAAAGAAUAAACAUUCUGAUUCCACAUCAGAGGAAAUUGAGAAGCCUUCUAGUUACAAGAAAUAAUGUUCUCCUGGAAGAUCUCUCAAAAUCUGUGGACAUUAGUAUUACUGCACUUUCUCAAGAUGAGAAAACAAAGACAUUGUCCACAUGUCCGUGUGGGAAGCAGUUUCAAGAAAGGUCUUACCUUAUUUCCCACCAGAGGAUUCACACUGGUGAGAGCUCUGACUGUAGCCACUGGGGGAAAGAAUUCAAUCAUAAAACAAACGUUAAUAAGGGCAAGUGAAUCCAUACAGGGGAGAAACCCUGUUCCUGUUCUCAGUGUGGGAAAAACUUUCAGCAGAGUUGCCAUGAAGGAAUUCAUGUAAGGAAGAUAAUAUUUAAGUAUCUAGAAUCAGGAAAAACCUUGCAAAAUGAAGAAUUCAUGCUUCAUCUGCAGAGUCAUGAGGCUGAGAGAACAUACAGUUGUUUAAAAAAAAAAAAAAAAAGUGGAAGAUUUGGCCGGUGUCAACCCAUAAGUGGCACAAGAGAAUUCACUUAACCUCUAAAACCCAGGAACAGAAAUGAGGUUAGGAAAGGUCCUGCCUCUGUCUGAAAAGUUUCACAAAGAAUUAUGAAUCCCAAAUACUUUGAGAUUAAAGAACACUUCUAAAUAAAUGGGUCAAGGGGAAAAGAUGUCAGGUAAAACAUGGCAAAGAUGUAAAUAAAAUUUAGUGUUCUAAAGUGUGCAAGGUGAAGAAGAGGACAGCAGGGCCGGCUCUACCCUCUAAUACACGUCUGAGCAGGAUCUGAGAGGAUGGCUUUAGCUUUUCAUUUCAGUAACGAGACCUGAGAAAACCAAAAGGAAAGGUUUAUUUUGAGUCCAUCUCUGAGCUCUCCAUCCAUACUUGUUGAUCUCUUGUUUUGGAUCUGUGGAAGCUCCCUAUAUCAGAAGGGAGUGUGGGCUCAUGGGGGGUCUGAUUACCUCAUGGGGUCCUGCCAGCAAAGGAAGACACAGGAGAUGUUAGAAGUACUAAUGUGACCUGGUGGUGGCGGUGCAUGUCUUUAAUCCCAGCACUCGGGAAGCAGAGGCAGGCAGUUCUCAGUGAGUUUGAGGCCAGCCUGGUCUACGGAUCAAGUACUAGAACAGGCUGCAAAGCUACACAGAGAAACCCUGUCUUGUAAAAAGAAAAAAAAAAGUCCUAUGUCCCCUAAGCAUCUGUUUAUGACCUGGCUUCUUUGCACUAAGCCUUAACCCCAAAGGUCCCAUCACUUCCCAAUAGCAACCAGACUUGUAGCACAAAAACCUGAAACACAGGUAUCAGAGAUCACCGAGGAAGCAUUACUAGUCCUCUCUACAUUAAGAGAAUGAUAAAAGGGAGCUGGAGAGAUGGCUCUGUGGUUAAAAGAAUGGCAGGGAAACCAGUUUGUUCCCAGUGCCCACAUAUCAGCUAACUCCUGUAACUCCAGUUCCAGAGGAUCCAGUGCCCUCAUCUGGUCUCCUCAGGAACUGCACGCACAAAAUACACAGACCUACAUAUAGGCCA